AUGGCCGAAUUAAGCCUCAUCCUCCUGCCCGUUCCCGCUGAAAUAUCCAUGUCUGAGAAGGCUGCGAGAAGCCUUCCCAAGCAGCAACAAUAUCCGUACCAGUAUCAGCCGUACCAGCCAUAUCAACCGAAACAGUUACAGCAACCACAAAGCCCUAACAUGCCGUCGCCUCCAGCAACCGUCCAGUCAUCCGAUUCACCUGCACCAUUACCUUCGCCUUCACCUUCGCCUUUACCUUCACUUUCACUUUCAAAUCCGACUUCAGCCCCAGCAUCAGUUUCACCCUCGUCCUCGCCCGCACCUGCGCCCCCCUCCAUGCAAUCAACCCUAUUCGACGAACUGGCCUCCUACCAGCGCAUCUGGGAUGCAAUCCACCAGCGCACCGUGAAGCAACUCCAGUGGAUCCAAGACGCCGAGGAUGGAAUAUAUACUUCUUCACAGCUCAAGAGCAUGCUGUGUGCCUCCUUUGAUGCGAGGAUUGUCCCUCAGUGA